AUGAGCUGGUUGCUGGUGGGCGGGGGCUUUUACUUGUUAGCGGUUAUCUGGUUCGAGUGGAAGUGUCCGGUUCUGCUAAAGCGCACGCUUGCUGGGAAGGAGGAAUACCUUGGCAUUGAGGGGCGGCGUUGGCUACUCGCUCUUGUUGAGGAUGAGCUGCGACGCUGGUGGAGCGUUAAACCUUAUGACUUGGAUGUAGACGGAAUUAAACCAGAGUCCUAUAAACACCGACUUGCGCUUGACAUCACUCGGCAUGGUGAAAUUCCAGCCUACGGCGGCUUUGGUGAAUUCGCAUCCGCACGGAUCGAGUAUGCACUUCAUGAAUACGCCAAACUGACAUCGACAGCGAUCUGGCGAGAAGAAUUCAAACCGAACGAAUUCCAAAAGUUCAUGCCGGUACAUCGAAUGUGCCCACGUAAUAUGCCUCUGCGUAACCUCCACUUGAGCGUCAUGAAUGAGAGUGAGGCGGAAAUGGCUAAGGUGGGCAAGGAAGGCGACUUGGUGGUGCGCUGGUUCGACAACUCACUGGAUUUUCAAUCGCGGUUACCAACCCCUAGAAAUUUGGUGGUGUCGGCGUACGCGGAAGGUUUCAUCUACCUGUUCCGCACCGACGCUUCUGCGCUGACAUUCACUCGUAUUGUGGCGCAGUGGCAAAACACGAUGCGCCCGUUAUGCCGGCUCACUCUCAUUGGCCUGUUCCUGGCCAGUGGCGGUUGCUUCUUGUGGUUUGUCUUCCUACAGCUGAAGAUUCUCCUGCCGAAUCUGCUU